AUGUUGAAGCUCAUUUCAUCAUCGCGCAUCCAUCGGCUGCACCCCACGGUGAUCCGUCCCGCACUCGAUUCCACCUCGCCGUUGCUCAGAGUGUUCAGUCAUCUUGGUGGGUUAAGCCGGAGGAACACUGAUGUCGGAGGCAGGUAUUUUUUCUGUUCCGAUUCCGGCGACGGCUCCGAUCAAGUUGUUGACGCCGGAGUCAAGGCGGCCGAUGAGUCUCAGUCCAAGGCCUCCGCUAUUGUCCCCACAUAUCCCAGACCCGAAGAUUAUCUCACCGUUAGCUAUUCCAGUCGUGUUUUGGCAUUACCACUGAUCCACAGGCCUCUUUUCCCAGGAUUUUACAUGCCAAUCUUUGUUAAGGAUCCCAAAUUAUUGGCAGCUUUACAAGAAAGUAGAGAACGACAGGCCCCUUAUGCUGGUGCUUUCCUCCUUAAGGACGAGCCAGAGGCUGAUCCUAGUGUAGUAUCUAGCUCUGACACGGAUAAAAAUGUAUAUGAUUUAAAAGGAAAGGAGUUAUUUAACCGUCUUCAUGAAGUUGGGACUCUUGCUCAGGUACAUGAUUUAGUAGAUUUCAAGUAUACAUGGGGAUCAAGUGAUCCUGAUUGGUCACCGGCGUCUACGGAUAACAGAGAUGCUAAAGUAUUUGAUGUUUAUUUAGAGCUGAAAGCUUGCUUGUCCGUUCUGCAGGUUAGUGAAGAUCCACUAACUGUUAAAGUUGAUCAUCUGAAGGCAUGUCUUAAUCUACUGUUUUACCUGGUGCUGCAGGAUAAAACUUAUAACAAAGAUGAUGAUAUUAUUAAGGCCACAUCUUUCGAGGUUAUAUCAACCCUAAGAGAUGUUCUUAAAACAAGUUCCCUUUGGAGAGAUCAUGUUCAGACUUAUACGAAGCAUAUAGGUGAUUUCACUUAUCCAAGGCUUGCAGAUUUUGGUGCUGCAAUAUCUGGGGCAAAUAAAUUGCAAUGUCAGCAAGUUCUUGAAGAGCUAGAUGUGUAUAAACGAUUAAAACUUACCCUGGAGUUGGUAAAGAAAGAGAUGGAAAUCAGCAAGAUUCAGGAAUCAAUUGCAAAAGCAAUUGAAGAAAAGAUAAGUGGUGAGCAGCGUCGUUACUUGCUAAAUGAGCAGCUUAAAGCCAUAAAGAAGGAGUUGGGACUGGAGACUGAUGACAAAACAGCUCUUACUGGUAAGUUCAGGGAAAGGAUUGAGCCGAAGAGAGAAAAAUGCCCACCUCAUAUUUUACAAGUUAUAGAUGAAGAACUUGCAAAGCUGCAGCUGUUGGAGGCUAGUUCUAGUGAAUUCAGUGUUACCCGUAACUACUUGGACUGGUUGACUGCACUGCCUUGGGGUGAAUACAGUGAUGAGAACUUUGAUGUUACUCGGGCGCAAAAUAUUCUUGAUGAAGACCAUUAUGGAUUAACUGAUGUGAAGGAAAGGAUACUGGAAUUCAUAGCUGUUGGGAAAUUAAGAGGCACUUCACAAGGGAAAAUUAUCUGUCUUUCUGGUCCACCUGGAGUGGGCAAAACAAGUAUUGGUCGAUCAAUUGCACGUGCCUUGAACCGUAAGUUCUUCCGAUUCUCCGUGGGAGGAUUAGCUGAUGUGGCUGAAAUAAAGGGUCAUCGGCGAACCUAUAUUGGGGCUAUGCCAGGGAAGAUGGUACAAUGCCUCAAGAACGUUGGCACAGCCAACCCCCUUGUUUUGAUUGAUGAGAUUGACAAAUUGGGAAGAGGACAUGCUGGUGAUCCAGCAAGUGCUUUGUUAGAGCUUCUGGAUCCAGAGCAGAAUGCUAAUUUUCUGGACCACUAUCUUGAUGUUCCCAUUGAUCUAUCAAAGGUUCUUUUUGUUUGCACUGCAAAUGUUGUGGAAAUGAUACCUAAUCCUUUGUUGGAUAGAAUGGAGGUUGUUGCUAUUGCUGGGUAUAUUACUGAUGAGAAAAUUCACAUUGCUAGAGAUUAUCUGGAGAAGACCACUCGAGAAGCUUGUGGAAUAAAGCCUGAACAGGUGGAAGUGACUGAUGCUGCUCUUCUCUCCCUCAUAGAAAAUUACUGCCGAGAAGCUGGGGUCAGAAACCUUCAAAAGCACAUAGAGAAAAUUUACCGAAAGAUAGCAUUACAACUUGUGAGGCAAGGGGAAAUGAUUGAUGCCACCGUUUGCACUGCUCAGAGUAUGGAACCAAUCACUGACAAAGUUGACUCUGAUGAAUUGGGUCAAAAUACAGUUCAAAAAGAGAACACUGACUUGGUAGAGGGUAGUGAUCCAGAAAAAGUGGGUGAAACUUGUGAUGAAGUUGACAAAGUGCGAACAGAUCUAUCAUCCGAUCAAUCUCAAUGUCUUGAGGUUGUAAAAGAAAGUGAGGAAGAUAAGGAAAUUGAAAAGAAAACUAUUGAAAAGGUCUUGGUUGAUAAAUCAAAUUUACCCGACUUUGUAGGCAAGCCUGUCUUCCAUGCUGAGCGCAUCUAUGAUCAGACACCUGUUGGUGUUGUGAUGGGCCUUGCCUGGACUGCCAUGGGUGGUUCCACACUGUAUAUAGAGACCACCCUUGUUGAAGAAGGGGAGGGAAAAGGAACACUGCACCUCACUGGUCAAUUAGGAGACGUGAUGAAAGAAAGUGCUCAGAUAGCUCACACAAUUGCCAGAGCAAUACUACUGGAAAGAGAACCAGAAAAUCCUUUCUUUGCAAAUACAAAACUGCACCUUCAUGUCCCUGCAGGGGCUACACCAAAGGACGGACCAAGUGCUGGUUGCACAAUGACCACUUCACUGUUGUCCCUCGCCAUGAAGAAGCCUGUAAAGAAGGAUUUAGCAAUGACUGGGGAAGUGACACUUACAGGGAAGAUUCUUCCCAUUGGUGGGGUUAAAGAGAAAACAAUAGCCGCAAGAAGGAGUGAAGUUAAGACUAUUAUAUUCCCUUCGGCUAACAGGAGAGAUUUUGAUGAGCUAGCUCCUAAUGUGAAAGAAGGUCUUGAUGUUCAUUUUGUUGAUGACUACAUGCAGAUCUUUAAUUUGGCUUUUGGUGAUGAGAAAUCUCAGAAUAUAAAGUAA